UAUAUAAAAUCACUUACCCUUCUCAUUUCACAAAAUCACUAUCACCGUAUCAUGGCUUUCUUUCUUUGCGUCUUCGUUCUCUUUCUUGCUUCUUCUGCUACGGCUUGCGAUCGUUGCGUACACCAAUCCAAAGCUUCUUUUUUCUCCAAAGCUUCUACUCUUUCAUCUGGAGCAUGUGGUUAUGGCUCUUUAGCACUUGACCUUAGUCAUGGACAACUCGCAGCUGGCGCUUCUUCAUUUUUCAGUAAUGGAGCUGGUUGCGGUGCUUGUUUUCAGGUAAGAUGCAAGGACCAAGCUAUAUGCACAAAAGAAGGAACAAAAGUGGUAUUAACGGAUCUUAAUCCCAACAAUCAAACUGAUUUUGUUCUAAGCAGUAGAGCUUUCACUGCCAUGGCUCAAAAGGGUAAGAGCCAACAAAUUUUGAAGCUUGUCAAUGUUGACAUUGAAUAUAAGAGAGUACCUUGCGAGUACAAAAAACAGAAUUUGGCUGUUCGUGUUGAAGAAUCAAGCAAAAAGCCAGAUUAUUUAGCAAUUAAAAUUUUGUAUCAAGGUGGCCAAACAGAGAUAGUAGGUGUUGAUGUAGCUCAGGUUGGAUCUUCACAAUGGAAUUAUUUAAGCAGAAAGCAUGGUGCAGUGUGGGACACAAGUAGGGUUCCACAAGGGGCAUUACAAUUCAGGUUUGUGGUUACUUCAGGGUAUGAUGGAAAAUGGGUUUGGGCAAAGAAGGUUCUACCAGCUGAUUGGAAAGUUGGGGUGAUUUAUAAUUCUGAUGUUCAGAUUACAGAAGUUGCACAAGAGGGUUGUUCACCAUGUAAUGAUGAAACAUGGUGAUGAUUUAGGAUAUGUUACUCAAGUGAUGAAUUAAUUAACCUACAUAACAUGUACAUAUUGAUUUUUGUUUUUAGGUGGUUUUAGUUUUAUUUACACUGUGUAUUAUAGGAUUAGAAAGCAAUUUAUGUAAUACCCAGAAAUUAUAUAUAUGGACUAGUUUGAUAAAAUUAAAAUGUGUUGUCUUAUUUGUAA